UCCUCGGCGGACUCGGCAAAAGACUCGCUGGAUCAGCAGGGAACACUCUACUCAUCCACGGUGUCCGAGGCUAGCACUGCCGAGGAUGUUGAUUUCGGAGCCGACCUCCAACGCAUCAGCUGCAAAUAUCCUUCGGAACCGGAUGGCGACAUCAGCAAGUAUCUGCAGAAACUACCGAUUCAUGUCGAAUGUGAAGCAGAAAGUCUUUUUCUGAAUGGUUCGACUGUGCGUCACUGUCGCUCCGAGGCGGUUCUCGCUGGAUAUCAUAAUGCAGCAGAAGCUGUGAAUGAGUCCAAUGAGGCUGUGACGGGUCAGGAGUCUCGCACCGCCACCACUACCGUGUCAGUUAGGCCCAACGAUUCUGGCGAACCCAGCCCGAGGGACAGCGAGAUGGAACGCAGCAAUCACUAUUUUGCUGCACCGGGAUCUUCAUCGAAUGAUCCCAAUGACCCUGAUUCACAGUCGCAGUCUUUUACGCGCGUGAGUCCCAGUAUUGACACUGCCUCAAGUUCAGCCCCCACCAACUCGCGCAAAUCGAGUGCGCUGCGGAUGUCGAUCAAUGCGAUCAACAGUUACAAGCCAGCCAUGACUCGCUGCAAGACUAAUCGUGUGUCUGAAACGCCUCAGAUAAUAGACGCCGACUUUGCCGUGGAGUCUUUGAAAUUGUGCGACCGAUUGGGAAAUAGAGACAGCCAUGCUCCCGAGGUGGAUCAGGAGAGCGAAUCGCCGUUCCAUGGAUUCAACCAAUCUGAGGAGACACCAACAAGGGCCAGCGAGCCUUGCGAGACUGAAGUCAACACACCAGGUUCGCCGUUCCCUGAGAACACGAUGACUGCGAUGCCGCAGACAGUUGUGGCAUUUAACCGCUCAGCGGAUCCUGACGGGCCGGCACAUGUAGGUCAUGAGGCCGCUACUGCGUCCAUUACUGGUGUGAAUGAACAAACAGGAUUCGGCCCGCUGAUGGAAGAGAGCAUUGGGGGAUUUUCCCAGAACGACGAGCAACGGUUUAUGUUAGAAAUGGAUCAGGUGUUAGAGGAGCCAUGGCCCACCAUUGAUACCGAUGAUUUGGCGUCACUUCUCGCCCUUAGAGAUGAGUACUUCCUUGUCGACAAGUCACCCGAUAUCCGCCCCGACCGUGAUAAUAAUGCACUCAAGUCCGAAAGAAGCUUCACUGGCGACGGCUGCUUAUAUAGUGGGCCUGGACUUGAUCGCCAUUCGUCGACCAGGACUCAAGGGAUCCCCGAGAUCGUGGGCCCGAGAUCCGCCAUACAAUUACAGGGUCCACGGUCUGCCCGCGCCGAGCGCGAUGCCAGUGACUCCACUGACGAGUAUGUCUCCGGCUAUCCUGCGAGGUAUUACUUUUCAUCUCGAAGACCUUAA